CCUACACUUCCCGGCGACAUGUCUACCGGUGUCCGCCGGUCUCCUGUCCGGAGUUCCUGAGCGAAUGUGAAGUAAAGCCGGAUUUUAUAUCGAAGGCAAAACCAUCAGUUCACCCCAGCUUGCAAAAACUCAGCCAUGAGGAACCUUUUGACCAAAGCAGGCUUGUUUGGCUCGGUAUCAGUGGCCUUUGGCACGAUUUGGUGGUCACAACAGAAAACCGAAUCGAACCCGAUCACUUCAAGCGCAGCCCCAAACCCAAAUGAUGCAUGCCCUGCUUCUCUGUAUGAACUCCAGCUGGUCCAGGUCUUGUUCCGUCAUGGCGCUCGGACGCCGCUCAAGUCUAUACCGGAUGUGAUGGAGGCUCAGUGGGCCCCAUCGCUCCUAGAGGCCCCACCAUACACACACAUCAACUACGUGGUGACGGAUCUUAAGGGAGGACCGCAGCCUCGAUCUCCUUUGGAGGACAACUAUCGGAAAAACAUACUGAGUGGUGGCUCCUUCGCUGGUCAGCUGACCACAUUAGGCAUGCAGCAGCUGUAUGAGCUGGGUGAAACGCUGAGGAAGAAAUAUAUAGAGGAGACACCUUUACUCAGUCCCACCUUUAGCUCAACGGAGGUCUAUGUGCGCUCCACUAACAUUGUAAGGACUAUUGAAUCUGCCAAGUGCCUUAUAGCUGGACUCUUUAAACAAAAACAGAAAGAUAUUGUGUCCAUCCUAACAGAAGAGGCUGAAUCUGAAAUUCUCUACCCUAACUAUCACGGUUGCAAGCUGCUCAAAGUCCUCAGCCACCCCCGCUGGGCUAAGUUGUCCACUCUGCCUGGCAUCGCUGAAGACCUGCAGAGCAUCCUGAGUGCACUGGGGAUUGCUGCUCACCAGCACGUCGACUUCAUCCUCAUUAGGGAUGACAUGGUUGCCAGAGAGGCACACGGCCUUCCCAGCCCGCUGGUUCUGAGCUCCUGGAGGAAUAAGGUGGAAGAGCGAGCUGUGGACAUGAUGUGCAGCCUCUACAAACCUAACAAGAGAGAGGCGCUGCAGCUGUCGGUGGGACCCCUCCUCCAUGUUCUGUUAGAAAACAUUGAGAAGAAACUACAGGACAACUCGGCAGAGGCGAACAGGAAGUUAUUCCUGUACUCGGCUCAUGACACCACCCUUAUCCCGUGCCUCAUGGCUUUGAAGAUCUUUGACAUGAAGUGGCCUCCGUACGCUGCCUCCAUCACACUGGAGCUACACAAAAGCCGGCAGACGGGCGAUGCCUUUGUGAAACUCUCAUACAUUGGUCAGGAUCAACACAUACCAGGUUGCAGUGGAGUCUACUGCCCCCUGCAGGAGUUCAAACAGGUCCUCUCUGCAUACUCGCUAAGCUCUGAACGCUACAAUUCUCGUUGCAACAGCACAGGACUCACUGAACCCUGAUCUUUCAAGAAACACAAAACCACUCAACUUUAAACUUUAAGUGUAACUCAGCCUCCCCUUCAUCCAAUAACCUUAGUAACACACAUACGUUAAAAACUUGAUGAUCUUUAACAAUAAAUCUAGUUUUUAUUAUUUGAAUAAGUUUUACAGUGUAGUGUUUACACCAGGUGCUCUCGCUAGCAGAAAUGUUUUGCAUUGAAUCAUUUGUACCUGCUUCAUCAUCAGUAUAAUGUUUAUAGACUUUAACCAAAGGGGUAUUUCACAAAUUCGGUGAUGUUCCAGUUGAAUGUAUUUGAGGUUGAAUUUCACAUCAUUAUUAUACCAAAUAAUCCUUUUAUGUAUAUUUUUUUCUGCUUAGGGAAUCAUUGCUGUAUUUCCUGCCUUUCCUCUGACCCUAGAAUACUUUGAUACACAGCAGAUUUUACGGUCGAUUCAAUAACUAGUUACUGUAGCUGCAAAACUAGCUCACAUCAUCAUCCCUCCUCCAUCAUGCUUGACAACUAGUUUGAAGUAUGGUUACUUAAACGCUGUUAGAUUUUUGACAUCCACUUUGAUCUCUGAUAUAAUUUUGUGGUUCAUUCAAAUUCAGCUUUGCAAACCCAAGUAGAGCUGCAAUUUAUUUUUGAUAAAGAAAAUACUUUUUCUUGGUAAGACACAAACUUUUUUUUUCCUGAUUGUAUUGUCCUGAAGUUUUACACUUGAAAUACUGUCUGCAGUCUGUAAAGUCUAAUAUGGAGCAAUCUUUGUAAUUUCUACAUAAUCAUGGGAGAAAUGCACUGGGAUGUCUGCCAAGCUGUCUUGUUUUACACUUGCGAAAAUGCUGGUGUUUUCCUCCUGCACUUUUUAGUGUACAGCUAAAUCUUAAGGCAACAGCAUUGUUGUACAUUGCCCUGGUGUGUCAUCAAAGCAUUAGUGUCCCCCAUGAUUACAGCUUUUAUUCAUCAGGGAAAUAUAUAAUGUAGAAAAACAAAAAGUUAAAUGUUACUAAAUGGCUUUACAGCACCAGUAACAGUAUAUUGAGUGAACACUGACUUAGAUGAACAGAUCAUUUUGAUAUUUUUGACUGUUGCUGUGAAAUACUUUUUAUUCAUGAGGUGAAACUUCUUGUGACAUGCCGUUUCAGCUAUAAAUAUCAGGUUUGGAUGAGCGAAAUAAAAAUACAGAUUUUAUUCUA